AUGGCCAAGCGGCUUGCUGCCCGGUUGAACGAGCGACUGCUAGUGAAGAACUACGACCGAGACGGCAACCCACGACCAGUCGAGUAUCUGGACAAUGACCACCUGAGGCCGAUUCCCGUCCAAGACCGCCGCUGGACGCAGCUCACCUACACAUUCUUCUGGUUCUCAGCCACCGCAAACGUCAGCAAUCUGUAUGGCGCGUCGACGGGCAUGACCAUGGGCCUGGCCAUGUGGGAAGCCGUCGCCUGCUCCUUUGGCGGACAGAUCAUGGCUGGAUUGCUCAUGGCCCUCAACGGACGAGGCGGCGCGAUGUACCGGAUUCCAUUCCCUGUUCUGUGUCGUGCUAGUUUCGGUCCAUGGGGUGCACUGUGGCCUACGUUCAAUCGGGCUGUGAUGUCGAUUGUGUGGAAUGGCGUUAAUACGGUCCAGGGAGCGCAGUGUUUAUAUGUAGUUCUGUAUGCAAUCUUCCCUUCGUUUGCAAAUAUACCAGACAAAAUGGGUCCUAAGUCUGCGUUGAAUUCGGGGGGUAUGAUUUGCUUCUUCGUUUACUGGGUCAUAAACUGCGCAUUCCUCCUAAUCCCCGUCCCCAAAAUGCGAGUCCUGGUCUACAUCAAAGUAGCCGUGUAUUACGUCGCUGCUUUCGCCAUGCUGGGCUGGACAGUCUCGCUGGCUGGAGGCUCGGUCAAAACACCCAGGACAUCCACUCCGAUUAAUGGCCCCGAGAAGUCUUGGGUUAUCGUCAAAUUUCUCUUCCUGGGUCUGGCGAGCUGUGGGACGUUUAUCUCCAAUGCCGCUGAUCUUCAGCGCUAUGCUCGGAAGCCGAAUGAUGUGAUCCUUGGUCAGGUCAUUAGCUUUCCUCUUUCUAAUCUGCUGGUCGCUAUUUUGGGGAAUGUUAUUGCUUCUGCGAGUCAGAGGGUUUUUGGGGAACUCAUCUGGAAUCCGUUGACAUUCUUGGAGAGAUUGAUGGAGGGAGAUCGAUAUACAUCUGCAAAUCGUGCUGGAUGCGCCUUUAUUGGCCUUGGUUUUGUCUACGCCAGUGUCUUCUCGGCCAUUUUUGAGAAUUCUAUUUCAGCCGGAAACGACAUUGCAGCCCUAUGCCCGCGUUAUAUCACCAUCAAACGGGGCUUCUUCAUCUGCGCAGCAUUCACCUACGCCAUCUGCCCCUGGUACCUCCUCGCAACAGCCUCCGUCUUCAUCAACUUCCUCUCAUCCUACCAAAUCUUCCUCUCUGCAAUCGCCGGCAUCCUAAUCUGCGACUACUACCUCCUCCGCCGCGGCCACCUACACGUCCCAUCCCUCUACUCCAGCAGCAAGGAAAGCCUCUACCACUUCCUGCACGGAUGGAACCUGCGCGCCUUCGUGGCGUAUCUGAUCUCCAUCGCGCCCAGCUUCUACGGGUUUCUGAACCAGCUUGGCGUCAAGGCUCCCUUGUCCAUACAGAGGUUCUACUACGUUGCUUAUCCGACCAGUUUGCUUAUUGCUUUUGGCGUGUAUUGUGGGUCUAGUUUGGUCUUUCCGGUCAAGGGGAUGACGACGGAGCGUGGGUGGAAGGAGCCGGAGGAUUAUGUUGGAGAACGGGAUGAAGGUCAAAUUACCAUUGAGGGUGUUGCUGUUGAUGUUCAUGAUCCUGGGAUGAAAAAGGGGGGUGAGAAUGUUAUCAGCAAAGCUGUAUGAUUGUUUUUUGGUUUUAUGCUUUACGGAUACGCUGCUUUUAUCAUUGAUAUCAUCUACAUCUUGAACAAUAACAGAACCCCUGGAACCCCUAAUCAAUUAAAUGGAAACAUAGCAUCAACAAGAAAAUGCCUCGUCCAGUCCGGCGCAGACGCAUCACCACCACCACCAGCAAGCUGCUGCUCAUCAACCUCAACAGAACAAUGCAUCGCGUCCAACGCCCUCUUCCGCAUAACAUUCGUUGCCCACUGAAAAACCGGCUCAACGAGCCUCUCCUCCUGAGCGGGACAACAAAGCACCCGUUCCAUCAACCGAAACGUCCCCUGGAUAUCGGGUAGAUAGACUCCGUAUUCGACCAGCGUGACGCCUGCGUACGCGCGGAGAAGGGUGUUGUAGGUCUGGUGGACGUAUGAUGGUGCGCGGUCGGGAUGCAUCAUUUGUUCUAGGAUUUGGUGGGAGUGGUAGAUGGCCUGGUUUAUUAGUCGUAGUAUGAUGAUGUUGUUGGUGGUGUCUGCUGAUGAGGCUCGAUGCGCUAGAUCCCAGCGGGCUAGGAUAAGGCUGGUUGAUGAAUAGGCG